AUGGAACCGUUGCUCUUUACUAGUGGGAAAGCGGAUCCCUCACAAGAUGCUUUCAUAGAUGUAGAAGUUGGUGAUAUAUCCACCAAAUAUGGUGCUACAAAUUCUGGAUCAUUCAGUUCGAUGGACACAAUGGAAGCGCAAGCGAUAAAGGCAGAAACGACUAGGUUUCUUGAGGUACCGCAAGGUAGACAUCUAGGUGUGUUUUCCACGGUUAUCUUGUUUGUUUCAAGGAUAAUGGGAUCGGGUAUAUUUGCGGUUCCCAGCGUGAUGUUGUUGAACACAGGUGGUAAUAAGUUGAUAUAUUUUGCGAUAUGGAUUUUUAGCGCUAUGAUUGCGUUUGCCGGAUUAUACCUUUUCCUAGAGUUUGGUUCAUGGAUACCGAAAUCUGGAGGACGUAAAAACUUCCUCGAGCAUAGUUUCAAAAAGCCCAGACUUUUAAUCAGUGUGGUGUUUUCAUGCUAUAGUAUUUUGACCGGUUACGCAUUAACGGGCUCCAUUGUGUUUGGCAAGUACGUUUUAAGCGCGUUUGGAGUUACGGAUGACUCGUGGUCCAAAUACGUUAGCAUAUCCUUUAUUGUCCUAGCAGUUCUCAUUCACGGUGUCUCUGUGAGGCAUGGGGUUUUCAUACAGAAUGCUCUUGGGGGUUUGAAGCUGCUCAUGAUUGUUUUAAUGUGCUUUGCCGGACUAUACACUCUGAUAUUUUAUAAGGCAACCGAUCAAGUGGCUUGGGAACUACCCAUAACGCGAACAGAACAAGACUCUCUACUAUCCGUGUCUUCCGUCGCGACUGCCUUCAUUAGUGCAUUUUUCUGUUUUUCUGGAUGGGAUACGGUUCAUACAGUCACAUCAGAAAUUAAGAAUCCGGUUAAAACAUUGAAAGUGUCGGGCCCAUUAUCACUGGUAAUUUGUUUCGUAUGUUACACGAUGAUGAACGUUGCAUAUUUGAAAGUGUUGACCUAUGAGGAAAUUGUUAAUGCAGGUCCUCUUGUUGGUUCGGUGCUAUUUACCAAACUUUUUGGACCACAAAUUGGUGGGAAAUUCAUUUCCUUUUCCAUUGCGAUCUCGGCAGCUUCCAAUAUUUUAGUCGUCAUCUAUAGUGUAUCGAGGGUAAACCAGGAAAUUUUCAAAGAAGGUUACUUACCAUUCAGUAUACAUAUGUCCAAAAACUGGCCAUUCGAUGCACCUUUGCCAUCCAUUUCUCUAUGUGGCUUUAUAACCAUCGCAUGGAUACUAAUUUUGCCCAAAGAGGGCGAAUCCUUCAACUAUCUCGUAUCAAUGGAUGGUUAUGGUAACCAGUUCUUUUUACUACUAGUCGGAGUCGGGCUAUUUGUUUGGAGGUCCAAACAUAAACAUGAAACGCCCCAGAUUCGUGCGCCCACUUUUGGUGUCUUGGCGAUUAUCGCAUUAUCGUUAUACAUGCUGGUGGCCCCAUUUUUGGCAGACGCCAGCUUGAACAGAGUUGGUUUCUUACCACCUUACCAAAUCAUGUCAUUGCUAGUGAUAUUUGCAUGCUUUCUUUUUUGGUUCAUCAAGUUUUUUGUACUACCCAAACUUUACCAUUACAAACUUUUGCCCAAAAUUACUUAUCUGCACGACGGGCUCGUUGUAACAAAAUGGGUUAAAAAGCCAUAUUUAUAUUGA